GGUUGCUUCUGUUUUAGAACCCUGGGGUACAAAAGCUCUCCCCGCCCAAGGAAGCAGGGCGAGGCAGAAUGCUCAGUCUGGGGUACCCGGGUCUCACUUGGUCCCCAUGAAUAACAAGGCGCGGAUUCCCGCUUCCUCCUCCACCCGGGCAAACACCCCGUCCCGGACACCCACUUCUACCCGAACCGCAACACCAGCCAGGGCUCCGACCCCGGCGCGCAACCCGACUCCGGUCCGAACGUCCACCCGGGGCCGGACUCCUGCCCAAAUCCCUAACCCUGUUCCAAUCCGGUUCCCAACUCCAGCCCCAGCCCCUGCCCCAGCCUUAACCCCAGCCCCAACUCCAGCUCCAGUCCCGGCCGCAGCACCGGUGCGGACUCCAGCACCGGUGCGGACUCCAGCACCGGUGCGGACUCCAGCACCGGUGCGGACUCCAGCACCAGUCCCGGCCUCGACUCUAGGUCGGAUCUUCCCAACGAUCUCUCCGGUGAGGUUCUUCCAGAGCUUGGCCUCGCCCACGACACAGCCCUUUUCUUCCGUGGGUGCUGGCUCUCUCUUGAAGGAUUCCACGCUCACUCAAAAGCAGAGACCCUCGAUCCACAGCCUAACGGAGGCCAUCCAGGCGCCCACUUCAGUGCUCACUACCUCGGCCUCCAAGACAGGAGGCUCCGUACCGGACCCCGCCCUUCCCAUAGGCUCCUUGGCUUCCAGUACAUUGGACCCCAUUCCGGGCCCCAACCCGACAUUGGAGUUCUUGGCCUCCCCGCUGAAGGAAACCCCUAGUCUGGGUAGGCUCUCCACAAUUUCCCCAGCACCCAGCCUCGUUUCCACUAAGGAGGUCCCCUCCGCCAGCGAGGACAUCCCAUCGGCCAACAGAAUCUUGAUCCGUGUGAUGUACUGUGGCCUCUGAAGCUAUGGCCUCCGGUACGUUAUACUGAAAAGGACCCUGGAGCAUCAAUUUCCAAACCUUCUGGAGUUUGAGGAGGAAAGAGCUACCCAGGUUACUGGGGAGUUUGAAGUGUUUGUGGAUGGGAAGCUGAUCCAUUCCAAGAAGAAAGGUGAUGGCUUUGUGGAUGAGUCUGGUCUGAAGAAACUUGUGAGUGCUAUUGAUGAAGAGAUCAAGAAAAGGUAGCAGCAAUACUGGAGGUGGACAUGAGUGAGGUGCAAUGGAGGGUCAGGAGGAGGCAUGCAAGAGCCUCGGCAGAUGAUGAGAAGGGCUGAAAUGCUGCCAAACCAGGUCCUUUUCUGAUGGUGGCUGGGGCUUGGGUGGGGCUUGGGAAAAUAAAUAAAAAUGUAAUCUGCU